UACAAGAAAUGCAGGGCCCAACUGACCAAUCUUCGGGCAGACCAACUGCUGGAAAAAUACUGGGAGUUGGAGAAAAAGGAUCUCAAAGCCACUUCAGCUGUAGCUGAUCCCAAUGCCCGAGGUCAAAGAAAUUCCACACUGCCUUGGUUUUGGUCUUUGGACGUUAGAGGAGACUCGGUGAGCAACAACUGGAUGAAUGAAUUUUAUUGGGUGCACUGGCUUCGUACCAAGGGUUUACAGGACCGGUGGGCUGAAGAAUUACUCCUGAUUGGACAUGAGAUGCAUUGGACAAUCAAAUUUCUUGCACACAAAGCUGAAACCUGGCUUGGCCGAACAAUCUGA